CCUGCAGCCAUGGACAACUCGGCUUACGUGCCGAACCAGCUGCCGCCGCCCCUGGUCGUGUUCUCCCAGGCCGGGGGCUUCUCCGAGGCGGCCCUGCGCAUGCAAAGACCCUUCAACCCUCAAAUCGGCGAGACGAAGGAGCUGCAGAGCCCGUUCAGCCAGGCAGCCGCGAGCCUCGACUACCGGCUUCACCAGCACAUGCUCCACCUGCAGCACCAAUUCCUCCACCCGCUCGAGCACCGACUGCCCUUCGGCAGCGCGUUCCGGCCCCUCGCCCCCUCGGCGUUCGCCCCACCCCAGAAGCGCCUGAAGCUCGAACCCGAGGGCGGCCCCUCGCCGGGCGGCCUCUCGAGCCUCGGCUCGCUCACGAGCAUGUCCAGCAUGUUCUCGCCCGUGUCCUCGGUGGCGAGCUCCCAGCCGGCGGACCUCGCGCCCCAGAGCCCGGCCAACUCGACCAGCAGCAGAUCGCCCCCCGGCCAACAACAGUCCCAGCCGCAGCAGCUGGUCGCACCCCCCGCUGGCAGCGACGGCCGCGCCUCUGCCAGCGCCGGGCCCACGGAUCUACGGACCGAGGAGGAGCGCGAGGCCAGCAGCGCCACCCCCUGCUCCGAGAACACCGAGCGCUCGACCCCCGAGGACAGCCGCGCCUACAGAAUGGGUAAUGUGUUCGGGGGCCGAUGCGGCGCGGAGGCGUUGGGUCUCGGGCUGAUGUCGCUCAACCCGGCCUACAGGUUCGCUCUGCCCCCGGGGCUCGCCGCCAAGACCACCCGCUGCCUUGCACUCGACCAAGGGAAGAAAAAGUUCUCGGCCGAUCCUACCAGCUGCCCGGUGUGCGGCGCGUCGGUGAGGCCCCAAGAGCUCGAGCAGCACUUCCUCCAGGAGCUUGACCGGCUCUUCAAGCUCUCCUCGGCGUCGCCGCGGCCGAGGCCACCGCGGGCCGGGCUGCCACCCGCCACGCCCGAGCACCUGCACAACCAACUGCUGCACACACCCUCGGCCGCCGACGGCACCCCCAUCGGCCGGUGGGAGACCUUCAAGCGGAUCAAGGCUAACCGACAGGCGCGCCUUCGGAUAAAGAACCGCAAGAGGAAGGCGGACGAGCCGGCGUGCCCGGUGUGCGGCGAGCGGCUCUCGGGGACGCCGGAGGAGCUCAACCAGCACGUCGAGCGCUGCCUGAGCCGGCAGAACGGCCCCGGUACCGGAGGCGCCGACAGACACCAGGGCCUCGACGACGAGGAGGUCGACGUCGAGGGCGACACCGAGAGCUUCGAGGAGUACGAGUGGGCCGGCCAGCGGAGGGUCCGGCCGACCCCCAUGCUCCUCCAAGGCUAUUCCGGGGCGGGUCUGGCGGCAGUGGUGGCGGCGUCCUCGGUGCCCUCGGACUCGUCGCACCAGCAGGACGAUGAGGACAUGGACCUGGUGGUCGACGGCGACGAGUCGGCCCAGUACGGGCCCGCCCAGUACACCGAGGCCGACGUGGUGACGCCUCGACACGAGGGCUCGGCCCGGGAGCAGAAGGAGCGCGAGGCCCUGCGCGAGGCCGUCAUCUCGCCCAACGGCCAGCAGGCCCGACCCCAGAUGGUCGAGGUCAAGACCGAGCCCUCGUCCAGUCCCGGCUCCCACCACCAGCCCGAGGAGUCGGCGACGGCUGCCCCGGGGGCCUCGUCGUCCACGUCGCCGCACCUGCUCGACGCGAAAAACGAGCAGACCGCCGACGCGCCGGUCGUCGAGGCUUUGCGCUGCCGCGUCCGCGAACUCGAGGCCGAGAUGCGCGGCCAGGGGCUCAAGUGCCUCAUUUGCAUGGAGCCGUACAAGAAGCCCGUGACCUCGGUCUGCUGUUGGCACGUCCACUGCGAGUCGUGCUGGCUUCACACGUUGGGGGCGAAGAAGCUGUGCCCGCAGUGCAACAUGAUCACGUCGCCGUCGGACCUGCGCCGGAUCUACUUGUGAGGACGACCGUGAACCGGAUCCCUCCGUCGACCUCAUCCGUCCCUUCCUGCGCUGUCCUCCCUGUACAUUUGUAAAUUACCUGGUGAUGACUCGUCCCGCCCCACCGCUCGGCCGAUACCUUGUACUUAGCCGUGGUACAUGCACGCAUAUAGGUAUUAACAAUUUUAUGGUAUGAAUUAACUCCCAUAGAGGAGCACAAGAAGAGGCGGAAGUGUUUGUUUAUCACCUCCUCCUCCUCCCUUUGGCCGAAUCGUGCAUAUAAUACAUACAUGUGUCUGUGUAAAUAAUCGCGAAGCCCCUUUUUCGUGCUAUAUCGCUGUUUCUUUGGUGGAUAGUCAAUUUUUUUUUUCCCCCCUCCGUAUACUUGUUUCCGAUCUUUGUAAAAGAUGCGCCAUUCGCUCGUUGCGAAGUAUCGUGUUGAACGCGUCGGUCUCGUGAUGUACUUACGUUUUUUUUUUUUUUUUUUUAGGGAAAUCGGUUGUUUCAGAAUUUUACGAGGCUGACGCGUCGCACUCCAACGCGAGAUGUUAUUUUUAUUCCACCGUCACGUUGGCCAUUUUAUAAUCAUCGUCACACUCGAUUUCUCUCGAUAGUCGUCGCACGUUGAAGAAGAACAAGGAGCCAGGCGUGUUUUAAUGAAAGUAUAUUAUGUCAUCGUACGGAUGAAACUUUGAUACUUUUUUUCUUUGUUUGUUUUGUUCCUUUCUCUCAACUCUCGCGAAAUUCGCCGCGGUCGUGGCGAUUCACGCGCCAGACGAUCCGUUUGUGUAAAUAAAAUAUUAGGACAAUGUUUACAUUAUUACUAUUAUUAUAAAAAAAAAGAAGAGAUUAAAAAAAUUUUAUAUGAUUUCGGAAUACGAAAGACGUUUCUUUGUAUCGAAUAGUUGAAUUCCUUGACGUGGUUAGCCGGAAGCUGAGCUCUGCAUAGGACGUUGUAUAGACCGAUACACUGUACGAAUCGAAAAGGGUUACAGUGCUUCUAAGACACGAGUUACAAGAAAGAAAAGAAGAAUUGAAUGUAAAGCGUCGAUAAAUAAAUAAAUCGAUAUAUAUAUAUAUAUAUAAAUAUAAAUAAUAUAUGGUAUAAUUGUUAAACUUUUAUCUCUUCGUCUCUUGGAGCAUUGCAAUAUCCGAUGGAACAAAGCGUCGAGGAGCCGAGUCUCCUUAUCGCACACAAAAAAAAAA